CAUGCUCAAGCACAAAAGCCGACCCCUUGCCAAACUAAAAACAGGUUCCUUUCUAAGUUAUUAUUUCCCCAUUCGGUAGUGAAGGAACCACGCAAAUAUCAUCCCUCCUUCUACGUUAAGGUCAUCCAAAAAAAAAAAAAAAAAAAUUGGGAAGAGCAAUAGAAGGAAGGGAGAAAAUGACAAAAAUGAAAAUUACUUUGUUCAUGUUGGCAGCAAUUGCUGCGUGCCUUAUGAUGGGUUCAGUUAGUGCAAUGACUCACAUUGUUGGAGGAGGCCAUGGCUGGCGUUUGCCUGACAACCAAACCUUCUUUGAAGAAUGGGCUAAACCAAGAACCUUUGGUGUUGGUGACAGACUUGUUUUCCCAUACAGGCCCGGUUCCAACAACGUGGUACAGAUUGACAAGAAAGACUUCGAAGAUUGCACUCAAAAAAAUGUCAUUGACAUGUACUACUUGGGACCAACCAUUCUGGACCUCAAUGACACUGGGGACUUUUACUAUUAUUGUGGCAUUGGGAAGCAUUGCGAGGUCGGCCAAAAGCUCCACAUCAAGGUUGUCAAGGGAGAGGGCUCGUCUGGAAGUCCCUUUGCUUUUCAAAUUGCUCCCAUACAUUCAGGUUCUGAUAUACCUGCUCCUGCCCCUAUUAGUAUUACAUCCUCAGCCAGCUCCAUUCAAAAUUUUGGCAUGGUUUUCGGUUUACUAGCAUUCCUGCUUUCUCUAUUCACUUAAGGAGGGCAAUGUUAUGAUUGUGACAACGUCUUUUAGGGGGUUUAUGUGAAAGGAUUCUUUCUCAUUCGAGUGUCAGUCUUAGAAACUGACAAUCAAAGUUAGUUAUACAUUGUGAUUGGCGUGACACGCCUAUUAUUGUUGCAAAAGUAUAUAUAAGUGACAAGUUCCUCAGAAAAAAGAAAAAGGUAUAUGUAAGUGACAUUAUAGUUAUAUGUUUACUACUUACUAGUAGAAGGAAUAUUUGUUGGGCCUGUUAUACUUAAUCUUCUUGGAAUAGAAUGUUUUU